UUUGCCGUGUUUGACCCCAAAUGUGUUGCACACACAUAUACAUAUAUACACACAUAUACAUAUAUACAUUCAUUCAUACAAACCAUCAAUCCUUCAGUUUCAGAUCAAAAAGCUGUUUAAUAUCUUCAUCAUGUCAACUGUAAAUGAUCCAAUCGACACCAUCAACGCCGCCGCAUCCGUCAUCGCAUCGGCGGAGAACAGAGCACCUCAUUCUUCUCAGGUUCAGAAACGAAGAUGGGGAAGCUUUUUAAACAUUUCGUCGUGUUUUGGGUCACAAAAGCAAAAUAAGAAGAUUGGGCAUGCUGUUCUUGUUCCCGAACCUAGUUCUUCAAGGACCGAGACUAGAACAGUCGUAAACUCGACUCAACCAUCUACUGUGGUGCUUCCGUUUGUUGCUCCGCCGUCAUCUCCAGCAUCUUUCCUACAAUCAGAACCACCGUCUGCUGCGCAUUCACCUGGGGGAUUACUGUCCUUUACAGCUGCAUCUGCUAGCAUGUAUUCACCUAGUGAUCCGACUAACAUGUUUGCUGUUGGGCCUUACGCUCAUGAAACACAGCUGGUUUCACCGCCAGUGUUUUCGACGUAUACAACCGAGCCAUCAACUGCACCGUUUACACCUCCUCCGGAGUUGGUUCAUUUGACCACACCGUCGUCACCAGAAGUGCCGUUUGCCCGGUUUCUUGGUUCAGCUAACCAAAAUGUUGAAGUGGAUCGGAAAUUUUCAUCAUCCCAACAUGAGUUUCAGUUGUAUCAGUUAUACCCCGGAAGCCCAAUGGGCCAGCUCAUAUCACCCGGUUCGGUUGUCUCGAAUUCCGGGACCACCUCUCCGUUCCCGGAUGGUGAGAUCCCUCGUGGCGUUCCCAUUGUUCUCCACAACCCGACCAGUGCAAAGCUCUGGCCUCAUGGAUGGAAAUCCCAGGGGACUACAACCCCGAAUCCUACAGGCCCACAGUCGAUUCUGGACCGCCAACACUCAGAUGUGGGCCCGCUAACGACUUUCUCAAACGAUGAUCAGCAUAUGGUUGACCCUAGAGUCUCGUUUGAGAUCACCGCGGAAGAAAUUGUAAGAUGCGUUGAAAGGAAGCUUACUGCUGAUGUGGCAAAGGGUCGAGAUUGUUGUCCGGGUGACGUGGCAACGGGCCAUAGAUCAAGUGGCACCCUUGGAUCUGCUAAAGAAUUCAACUUUGGUAGCACAGAAGGUGGAGAGUCUGACUGGUGGGCUAAUGAGAAGGUUCUUGACAAAGAAACUGGGCCUGGGCCUAUAAAAGACUGGGCUUUUUUUCCUAUGGUACAGCCAGGUGUCAGCUAAUGAUUUUGGAGGAACCAAAAAUUAGGAAAGAAGUUAGUUUAAGAUAUACAAAUCACAAGGUUUGUUAGAUGCAUGUGAUAUCAUAAGAUCAGCAUUUUUUUAAUAGAUUUUUGUAAAGUUUUACUCAUCAUUAUCAGUCAUGCAAAUACUGUAACUAAAGGUAGUUUCUUUUUCUAGUCCGUGCUUUAGUAUAAUCAGAAAUGCAAAACUUUUUCUA